UCAGUCUAAUUUUUUGUUUGAGACGUUCGUUACAACGAUUUAAAGUGAGACAGGGUCGUAGCCGUAUCAUCGAUGUCAAAGAUAUCAAUGAUUCGGGAACCUUAAAUCAUCAUGAAUUAAGAUUUGAUCAAAUUUCAAUGUUAUGUCAAGAUUGGGUUAUUAUUCAAGAUCUUUAG